GUACCUACUUGGCACACUCUGUGGUAUGGUUUAGUCGUUACAUCGUCUUCUAAGGACGUCAGUUAACUGCUGUUGAGAUUUAACAGCGCUCGAGUUUGAUUUAGUGUUUUAGACCAGAUGGUGUUUUUGAUGUGUGGCAUUCUAGUAUAGGUUCACAUUGUGUGGCAGGGUGCAUGUCUCGAGUUUAACUAAUGAUUUUUGUUCACAAUAAAAUGAGGUCGACUUGCGGCAUAUGGACGAACAGGCCGGAAGCAACGUGGUAUCCGUCGGAGUCGACCUCUCGGAGUUCUACAUGUCAGUUGAAUGGGAUAUACUAGAAGUACCCGCUGUCAGAAAUGAGAAAUUUUACACGUGUUGCGAUGAGCCGUACUUGGAUAUAACGUUCAACAUCACGAUGAGGCGGAAAACACUUUUCUACACGGUUAACAUCAUUAUACCGUGCAUGGGAAUAUCUUUCCUCACCGUGCUCACAUUUUAUCUACCUUCAGACAGCGGAGAAAAGGUAACAUUGUCAAUCUCCAUCCUGAUCAGCCUGCACGUAUUCUUCCUACUGGUUGUGGAGAUCAUACCGCCGACGUCUUUAGUAGUGCCGCUGCUCGGGAAGUACCUCAUAUUCGCUAUGAUACUUGUGUCUAUUAGUAUAUGUGUGACUGUGGUGGUGCUGAACGUGCACUUUCGGUCACCGCAGACGCACCGCAUGGCGCCCUGGGUGAAGCGCGUUUUCAUACACAUCCUGCCUCGAUUGCUCUUCAUGAAACGACCGCAGUACAAAUUCGACACCAACAGGUCACGAUACACGGCGUGUGGUGUGGUGGUGCGGUGCGGUGGCGCGGCGCGACCGCUCUAUCCGUACCGGCUGGCGGCGGCGGACGAUGAUUGCUGUGCGCCCGGCGCCUGGCCGCCACCCGUCGUGCCGGCGCGCCCACUUACACGCACGCCGAGCAAAGAGGACCUCACGCACACCACUUACGUCAAUUCUGGAAUGGGAGAGAGUAAUCGCUUCGGCGGCAGCUGCGUGGUGCACGGUUCGGGUGAGGGCGGCGCGCUGGGUGUGCCGGGACCGGGCUCCGAGGAGGAGGCGCUCAGUCCCGUGCCCGACCCUCCGCCCAGCUUCAGUCACUCGGCUUGCCCGCCGCACAUGCACAAGACUUGCUUCUGUGUCCGCUUCAUUGCGGAACACACCAGAAUGCUAGAAGACUCUACUAAGGUGAAAGAAGAUUGGAAGUACGUAGCGAUGGUGCUCGACCGUCUGUUCCUGUGGAUCUUUACACUGGCGGUGCUGGUGGGCACAGCGGGCAUUAUCCUGCAGGCGCCCACACUGUACGACGACCGCGUGCCCAUCGAUAAGCAGUUCAACCAGAUCGCCACGUCAACGCUGGUGCGCUGCCCGCCGCCCUCGUAGACGCCGCGCCACGUGCAGCGCCCCCACGCCACACUCUCACUACAAUUUGUUUCUUAUUCUACUCUAAACGAAAGAUACAGAGUGAUUUGAUUUUGAAUUAUUGGAGAUCAAGAUAGAGGAUGUUUUAUGAUUUCUUUAACUUGUAGUUUAUAUGUUUUUAGGAUUUGUAACUUUUCAGACGGAAUGUUUGGAGUAAGAGGUGCUUACAGAUGCACCAGAAAAAGCAAUGUAGUAUGUAAGAUUAUUUAAGUACUCGUCAAAGAAAAUUUUCUUUGUCCGAGUCGGCAUUUUAUAUCUAAUUAUUCAAAACAAAGUGGGCACUUUUUGUGCGACAUACGAUAUAUAUCACGAUUGGAGUGAAUAUUUUUUACGUUCUGAAUCCCAGUGAUAUUAAUAGUUGCAUUUGAUUUAAAAACAAUCUGUUUUCUAUAAAAUAUAGUUGUAACCAAUAUAAAUGUUUAUCGGAGAGAGUUGCAAGCGAGUUGCAGUGCAGAGCCGGGUGAGAGUGGGGGAGUGUGGGAGAGUGGGGGGAGUUGGGGAGAGUGGGGCGCACUGCACCGGAACACAACGCACACCCGUCCUGCCCGCACGUGUUCUAUUCCACGACACGUACAUUGUACUAGCGUAAUCUCUUCUCAUAUAUUCUUAAACUUUGCACCCAACAUUUACCUUACGCACUCAUCGACUAUCCUUCUAACUCUUACUCUUAACUAUUAUCAUAAUCUAUGUCCUCUGUCUUAAAUUAUCACGUCAUUACAAAAAUUAUGACAAUAAAAGAACCGAACUAAAUUAUGUUUUGCCAUGGAACCUGACCAUGUGUCGCUAACAACGAUUUAUUGUAACAUUAAUUUAUAAAAAAUACUAAAC